AUGUCCGUCUUAAGCUACGUCGUCUCAGGCAUUGCCUCGUAUGUCGUCGUGACGCUGUCCUUUUUCGCUGCUUCCGUGAAGAUUCCCCAUGCCGGGUUCGCAGCUCGCUGUUUGGCCUCUUACGGCUCUCUGCUCGUAUGCGCUAGUUACGGUGUCGUUGCUUCCAUUGUUCUCCGUGUUGCUGGAUAUGGACGGAUAUCGCAAUGGGCUACCGCGCGUAGCUUUAAGUGGGUGAUGCGCUAUACCACUGGAGUGCAAUUCGACAUCAUUGAAGGAAAAGAAUAUCUGUCAACUCGGCCCGCGGUGUUCAUCGGAAACCACCAGACUGAGCUGGACGUCCUCAUGCUGGGAGCCAUUUUCCCACCGUACUGCAGUGUGACAGCGAAGAAGUCGCUCAAAAACAUACCUUUCCUGGGAUGGUUCAUGGCUCUGUCGGGAACGGUCUUCAUUGACCGCGCCAACCGCGAGACGGCAGUGAAGGCGUUCGAUGGUGCGGCCAAGGAGAUGCAGGUGCAUAAGCAGAGCGUCUUUAUCUUCCCGGAGGGAACCCGCAGCUAUUCGGACAAGCCAGAACUCCUGCCAUUUAAGAAGGGUGCUUUCCACCUGGCUGUCAAGGCUCAGGUUGAUAUUGUGCCUGUGGUGGUGGAGAACUACUCGCAUGUUCUGAGCCCUCGAAACCUGAGAUUCAACUCCGGUACUAUCAAAGUUAAAGUUCUGCCUCCGAUCAGCACAAAGGGAUUGACCCCGGCAGACGUCGACAGUCUCGCCAACAACACACGCCAGACGAUGCUGAAGACGCUGGCUGAAAUGUCGCACAAGGAUGAACAGGAGGUCGACUCCAGGCCACACAACGCUAGUUCUACCGCUGUUGAAAUCUAA